AUGGCUCUACGCACAUCCAGACGCUUACUUCCAUGGACUCAAUCGCCUCUCAUCGCGAACGCACCCAUGAGCGGUAUCGCCACCAGCGCCCUUGCAGUCGCAGUGACUCGAGCUGGAGGACUAGGCCAGAUUGGAUAUAUGGACGACCUAGACAAACUGUCUGAGCAUCUGCAUACCGCCCGCCACGAACUGCAAGAUAUCAUGGCUGGGCUCCCCAACCCCGACGUCCUCCCAAUUGGGCUGGGGGUGAUUGCAUUUGGCUCUCCGAUGACAGCAUGGAUGGAGCUUUUCACCGAGUACAAACCCGCCGUGGCGUGGCUUUCGUUUGCCGCGACACACGAGUUCAAGCAAUGGACGGAACGCAUCCGUCGGAGUUCCCCGCAGACAAAGGUCUGGAUCCAGCUGGGCAGUGUCACGGCCGCAAUCGACAUCGCUCGCGAGUGUCAGCCAGACGCGAUUGUACUCCAGGGCAGCGAUGCUGGAGGCCAUGGGCAUCGAGACGGGGCUAGUCUGAUUUCACUUCUCCCCGAGGUGGUGGAUGCGUUUCAGGAGCGGGGGUUGGGUGACAUUCCCCUCGUUGCAGCGGGGGGAAUUACAGAUGGGAGAGGCACAGCAGCAGCCUUGACAUUGGGCGCUAGUGGCGUGGUGAUGGGGACGCGAUUUCUCGCAGCGCGUGAGGCGGACAUCCCGUCUUUCUAUCGAGAGGCUAUUUUUGACGCCACCGACGGAGGGGAAGCGACUGCCAGGUCUCGUGUGUUUGAUGAGAUCUGGGGCCCGAAUAUCUGGCCCCAGACAUACGAUGGGAGGUGUCUCCGGAAUGCAGCUUAUGAGGAAUACAGAGACGGGGUUGGCAUUCAAUCUAUCCGCGCAGGGCUUUUCCGGGCGAUGCAGAGCCCUGAGAAGGUACCUGUGCAGGAGAUGAGUACGAUAUGGGCCGGCACAGGAGUAGGAAUGAUCAAUCAGGAGACUACUGCGGCAGAGAUCGUUCAAGGGGCUCGAAAACAAGUAAAAGAGUGUCUGGAACGGACAUAUACUUGUCUGGAAAGGUAG